AUGUCGUCGUCUCUGGCCCCAUCGUCGCCGGCACCUUUGUAUUCGUCCGCCGGUGGUGCUCCAGCAUCGCCUUCUCGCAACCCUCGCACCCGUCGAUCUGAAUUCUCUUCUACACUUUUGGGCGAUGAUAUUGGAUCCCCACUUGCUUAUCCUGGCACACCCUUGCGUAGCGGCAUUACCAACUAUGACUCACCACGUACACCCAGGGCCAGUUCGUUUGUCAGAACACCCUUUUACAACAGUCAGGCUGCCGGAAGCCCAUUGACGCCAGGUUACAUUUCGCGCAACACCGUGUCGUCUUUGGGUGUCGGUAACAACACAGCACCUGCCGACACUCAGGAUACGGACCCUUCAUUGGCUGUCCGUCUCAUUUGGGGUACCACCGUCAAUAUUCAUGAGGUCAUGACUUCGUUCCGUGGAUUCUUGAACCACUUUAAGGUCGCUGAUCGAAAGAUCAAAUACAACCAAGCUAUCACCGCCGACGACAACGAACCCUUUUAUCCUCGAUUGCUUCGCAAGAUUCACGACAAUCGCAGUGACUCUAUCAAUUUGGAUUGCCGUAACUUGUUGGCGUACCGUGGCACGCACAAAUUGUACGACCAGCUUGUCAAGUAUCCUCAGGAGGUCAUUCCUCUGAUGGAUCACACCAUCAAGGCAUACUACCUCGAGCUUUAUCCUGAUACGGAUGAGACGGUGGAACAGAUCAAGAUCCGUCCCUUCAACUUGGAAUCGUCGGUCAACAUGCGCGAGCUUGAUCCUCAAAAUGUCGAUCAGCUGGUUACAAUCAAGGGUUUGAUGAUCCGCUCUUCACCAAUCAUCCCUGACAUGAAAGAGGCUUUCUUCCGUUGUUUGUCGUGCGAGCAAACCAUGACUGUCCAAGUGGAUCGUGGAAGAAUCAUGGAGCCCACUCGAUGCCCUCGUGAGAGCUGUGCCUCUGAAAACACAAUGUCGCUUGUACACAAUCGCUGUGUCUUUGCAGACAAGCAAGUUUGCCGUUUGCAGGAAACACCAGACGUUGUACCUGAUGGUCAAACACCUCAGACUGUGUCUCUGUGUAUGUAUGACGAACUUGUGGAUGUGUCCAAGCCUGGUGAUCGUCUGGAAAUCACGGGUGUGUUCCGAAGUGUUCCCGUCCGAGUAAACCCUCGUCAGCGAACAAUCCGAGCUCUCUUCAGAACCUAUCUGGAUGUUGUACAUGUCAAGCGCACGGAUGGCAAGCGCUUACAAUUAGACAGAGCACUUCGCACGGAGCUGGGUCCUGAAGUGUAUGACGAGACUGAUGAAAUCGAAACUGUAAACGUGAAUGACGAGCAAGAUAUACUGGAAAUUGCGAGCAGCCCUACUUUAUACGACAGAUUAUCACGAUCGCUUGCACCCAGUAUCUAUGAGCUCGAGGAUGUGAAGAAGGGUGUGCUUUUGCAACUUUUUGGUGGUACACAAAAGGUUUUCCAACGUUCUGGAUCGCCCCGGUUUAGAGGCGAAAUCAACGUUCUUCUGGUCGGUGAUCCAGGCACAAGUAAAUCACAGCUGCUUCAAUACGUUCACAAAAUUUCACCACGUGGCGUGUAUACUUCUGGCAAAGGUUCUUCGGCCGUCGGUCUCACAGCAUACAUCACCCGCGAUCCUGACACGCGGCAAUUGGUGCUAGAAAGCGGUGCGCUGGUGUUGAGUGACGGAGGUGUGUGCUGCAUUGAUGAGUUUGAUAAAAUGUCGGAUGCAACGCGAUCCGUGUUACACGAAGUGAUGGAACAACAAACGAUUUCGGUGGCCAAAGCUGGUAUCAUCACGACCCUUAACGCACGAACCUCCAUUUGCGCCUGUGCAAAUCCCACUGGAUCACGAUGGAACCCAUCACUUUCUGUGCCGCAAAACGUGAAUCUCCCACCUCCGCUUUUGUCGAGAUUUGAUUUGCUCUAUCUCAUACUGGACCGUGUGGAUGAGGAUGCCGACAGAGAGCUGGCUCGCCAUUUGGUCUCGCUCUACAUGGAAGAUCAGCUGGAAACUGCAGGCGUUGAUAUAUUGUCGGUGGAGCGGUUAACAAAGUACAUCAGCUACGCCAAAGAAAAGAUUCAUCCAAUCCUGAGCGAAGAUGCUGGACGACGCCUUGUUGACCUGUACGUCGAGCUGCGUAAACAAGGUCAAGACCGUAACGAAAGGCGUGUGACGGCAACUACUCGGCAGCUUGAAUCCAUGAUUCGCAUGUCGGAAGCACAUGCACGCAUGCGGCUUUCCGAUACGGUCGAAGUUUCCGAUGUGGAAGAGGCGUCGCGCUUGCUUCGUUCAGCCAUCAAAGACUAUGCAACCGAUCCAAAGACAGGUCGAAUUGACAUGGACCUUAUUCUGAUGGGCACCGGCUCUCACGAACGUCACUUGCAAGAUGAUCUUGAGCGCGAAUUGCACAAUCUUAUCAACAGUCAAGAGCAAGCACAAACCGAAUGGUCUAAGCUCCUUGCAGCCUUCAAUGCUCAAAGCUCAGUGGUGAGUUCCAUCUACAUAAUCUCUGUGCAUCAAUAA